AGGGUUGUCACAUGGCAGGGAGGAAAACUGCAAGAGGCGACACAAAACAGAAAAAACAAAAAAACAAAACAACAAACAUCUAAGAAAAUCGCAUGUUUACGUCUCUGAUUGACGUUGCAUUCGAUCAGCAUCGGACAAUACCGCGUUUCUUCUCGAUAAACGUGGUAAAUAGCGUAAGGCAGACGAGUUUGAAAGACAUCUAACUCUUCGAUGCCAAGAUGGAGCUCUGGAAGUGUUCGGCGUUAUCUCUCAUCAUUUUCGGAUUUUUCAGUGCUUUUGCAACAAAUAAGCAUUGCGAAUGGGUGCUAGAUGUAGUUCAAAAGGAAAAUCUCUCGCAAGUAGCACCUGUAAUCAUUCCAGGUGGACAAUAUUUCCUGAGGAUUAGAGUGAAAUGUGAUGACAAGGUAAACUGCGUUAAACUAUGAUUGUUGAUUUCACUUCGAAAUUCUAUUGCAAUGUCAUCAGUCUAAUAAAUGUUUUAAAAAGCCUUGUGCUGUUAAUCCACGACUAUAGGGGGCUUAAGCAACGACUAAAGCGACGGCAACGAGAACGGCAAAAAGGCAAUAGGAAAUUUUGAUUAGAUUUUUUUAGCAAAACAACUCUGCACGUGCAUCACGCUUUUUCGUACAUUUCUUGCCGUCGUUGCACGACAGCAACGUGAAACUUCCUAACUUUUCGAUCGUUUUACGGAGGACGUGAACACAAUAUAAUAGUUUUCUCUUUCUUUUUCUGAAAUUAGAUACAGCCCAGUUACAAUUCAAUUCCGAAAAAAUUCGCCAACAUUUGACAAAUUGCAAGAGCUAGAGUAAUAGUGAUGAAAUUGGAAACAGCUCGAAUUUACUGUUAGCUGUCGUUGUUGCUUGAGCUCUCUGAUAUAAUGAUAAAUAAUACUUCAUUAUCAUGUCACCGAGACACGGGAAUAACACACGGUGAAUAUUCCGGCAUACGUGUUUAUAAAUCGUUUUAGCACUUGGUUUCAUGAUAAGCUUAAUUCUCUCUACAGAUCCAUUCUCAAGUGUUGAGAUCAUUAGUAUUAACAGGGGUUAACCCAGUUUUGAACAUUGAAUCAGAGUCCUUUGGGAUGAAUCAUCACGGUACGAGAAGAUUUUCAGUCCUUAUUUCAGCUGUACUUACAGAGCUUGGAGAUCAGCUGAGCUGUGGAUGUCUUUCACGAAAGAAAACAAAUAGAAUUGGCAGGUAGACUUAUGUAACUUUGAAUGUUACUGCCCUAACAAAAUACAGCUGAUGGGCAUUUGACUUAUCAUUUUUAUUUUUACUGCUUUUUUUGCGCAUGACGUGGAUUGAUUUAUCCUAUAUUAUAUUAUAUUUGUAUCCUUUAUCCUUAAUAUGAUCAUGACAAAGUAAAUAAAUAAAAAAUUUAAUUAAAUAAAUAAAUAAAUAAAUAUCCUCUCCCCUUAUGGGCUUUUUAUGGAUGGGUGAACUAAUAAUUCGAACUGAACAUCAUCUGGUCAAGAAUCAGGGAGGAGGCCGGGUUCAGGACUACGACAACAAAUCCAGCUUAAGAGGACACGGGGGAACUUCACCUCUGGGCCACCGGACUCUUACUGCUCAGCCAGCUGCCUUUGAAUAUAUAAAACAAUGCUAGCUGCCAAUUGCAGUUGCUUUAUGAAAACAGAAGUAUCUCCUGGUCUGACAAAUGCAUGCAAGCCAAUUGGAAGAGAAUCUCACAACUUAAGAGAAGAUGACACCAUAUGGUGGGGCUAAGUUUUGUUUCAGGUGCCAAUUCCACUGGGACAGUAUUCAACCUCAUGGGUAGUGGGGGAGGGGGAGGGGAGGGGAGGGGAUUUAUCAUAUUUCAAAAACCUUUGAAUGCAGUGGACCUGUCAAUGCAUAGAUAAACUCAACUGGUUCCUUCUUCCCAAUUUCUAAUAUAGAGAUGCUAGAGCCAGACUUCACUUGAUGCUGGAAUUAAAACGAAAGUGAAUACAAGGCUGGUAAAAUUAUACGGUGAAGAGCGGAUUUAUUUCAGCACCUAAUAUUUCAGCUUACAAAGUUAGCCUUUCUCAGGGCCAGUCAGGAAGGCUAUUUUUUCUAGCCAAGUUAUUGGCACCAAAUGAAAUCAGCCCUUUGCCAUAUAGUCCACAGUUUCAAGUUUGUUAUGAUUGACCUCUAAGUAAAAGAAGUGAGGACGCAUUUUUUACAGGCUUGUAGCUUCCAUCUGAGGUAAAUAUAUACACAACCCAUAUGAAUGUGUUGUUAAUGUUUGUAUUUAGUGGAAAUUUUUUAUUCGAAACUGGAUUGUUGCUAGUUUUACCACAAUUGUUUUCUUUUUUAUCAAAUCUAUAGCAAUACUGUGCAUAUUCUGUUGGGAGUUAACUUAUGCUGCCAAAUAAAGGUAAAGGAAUGCUCUUCCAGAAUUUAAUCAUAUUUGGUUAAAUUUUUGUUUCAGUUCAAGUGAGUGCUUUUGUAGUGGAAUAAAGCCCUUGUGUAAAGAGCCUGAUGAUAUCCGAAUGGAACAAGCAGGAGUAGAAUGCUGUCAAACUGCAAAGACCUGUUCAAACUUCUUAGAGCUGUGUAACCCAGCCUGGUUUGUCCCUCUCCAUAUUGCAGACUCAACAAAUGCAUUGCACUGUGAAGUUGUUGACAGUGGUUUUGGCCCUUAUAUAAACUCCCAGAGGUAUUAAGAAAUGUUUGAUAACCACAGUGUACAUUAUCAGUGUCAGUGUCAGACACAGAGCUAAAAGUUGCUUUUUACUGACAUUGUUGACUUGCGUUACUAAGUGUGACAAGAGGAAUUCAAGAGUACACUGAUCUUAGUUCUUGUAACUGGCCUUUGAAAUAUUUGAUACUGUAUUGGAUGUGGUACAUCUACUAAUUGCUCUUAAAUGGAAAGAAUUUAAAAAUCUUAUGAUGGAUUUAAAGUUCAGAUGAUCUGCUUAAAGGCCAUGGGAGCAAAAGUGAAGAGAUUACUUUCAAUAAUUGCUUAGACAUGCCUUAGCAGAAUUAUUAAACUCCUUUGAUAGUCUUAAUAUGACAGACCCAUGCCAUUUCUUUCUUUUGUUGUUCUCGUAUUUAUUAUAUUUAUUUAUUAUUUUUUGCGUAUCAACCAAACCCUAUUUACACUGAGCAACAAUUGAUCACCUUUUUGAAAAUUACAGCAACUUAAUUUAAAUUUACUGAUGCAUUCCUUCCUUUUUGGUUUCAGAUUGACUUUGCAUUUGGACGCCUUUCAUUUUCCAAUCAAUAACACUAUUCAGAACAGACUAGGUGAUGAGGAAACACAGUUGCCCUCACUUUCCAAGGAGAUCUCAGCGAGCUGUCUUCCAAACCUUUCUCCUGUUUGUCUCAUCGGAUCCCACGAGAUGACAAACCAUGUUAUUUACACCAGUUCAGAAUUUGAGAAGAUACAGUUCUUAAAGAUUCAGGUUAGGUCCAUUUCAUACUUAUAACUCACAGGUAUUCCAAACACUGAGUAAUUUGAGACCUUAAAACUAAUUUUGGUUUCUACUUUUCUGUGUCAAAUAAUUUUUGAACUUGAAUUUUGAGUUUGGCAAAAUUUCAUUUCAUAUUUUCUCUCUAGCUUGAAAAGUCUUUUGGAAGAAAGUGUAUUCUUGGACAAACUAUGCCAACUGUGCAGGUUAAAGGGGCGUUAACUCUACCUGACAGAAUUCUUCUGAAUACUGAUGUAGGUAUUGUUUAAGUUCUUUUCAAUGUUCAGUUUCCCUCAUGAUUUGACCACUAAUUAAAUUAUCUAAACAUAACUGUUAUGCACUGGUGAUUGAAAUACUUAAAGGGUGUUAUAGUGGAAAUUCUAAAACGCUAUUCUCCUAAACUGUUCACAGUCAUCAAAUUUUUUCGUAAGAUCGUCAGGGUUGAGCUCAAUUACCCGGGCAACUAUAUAUCUUGGUUUCACAAUAUACCGAGGUGGACGGUGUUGGGGUUUAUCCUUAGGCUAGACUCUGAACAUUUAAAACCAAGAUGGCCGGCCAUCCAGCAAAGGGAUUGAUCUCGACAAUCUGGCGGAAAAAUAGGAGACUAUGAACAGUUUUGACUAUUCUCCUCCAUUUUGCUAUGAUUAAUAAAUCUGUUUGUUUGUUUGUUUGUCUUUAAAAGGCGGGUAUAUUUGAGAUGCAAGGUAAUGGAUUUAAAUGUGAGUACCUGAUCUUUCUUUGUCUUUAACUAAUUACGAUACACGUUCAAACUUUGAAACGACUGAAAUCGGCAUUUCCUUCGUGUACCAGACAAAUUAAAAAGGUGAAGUAUAACAAGAGAACAAAAACCAUGAAACAAUAACAAACAGAUUUUCCCUGAACAGAAAACAAAGACGUCUUUGUUUUACGUCAUCUGUGCCCUGCACACGAAGUUUUGACCCUGAAAUCCCAAUUACUGGAUGCCUCCUGCAAGAACAGGAGUGCAGACGACUGUUUCAAUUACAGUAAUUAAAAGUAAGAUUGAGUAAAGACGGUGGUUAUUAAUAACUAAUUUUUGGCCAUCAAGAGAGUCCCAGACAAUCUGACAUAACUAAAACUUUGAAAAUACAGUAGAAUAUCUUUUUUUAUUAUAACCCCGGGAAAAGAUCUUUAAUUAAUUGUUGUUUCUUUUCAUCCUUUUUUUCCUGUUUAACCCCUGCAAUUUUUGGCUAAUAAUCUCUACUGUUUACUGUCUAAGCCAAUCACUUUGCUAAGAGGAUCAAAUUCCGACUGUUAUAUACUUUUUUUUUCGUUUUUGCACCAGAGAUAUAUGACAUCGUAACAGGACGGAGAGGGCGUCUCUAUUUAGUUUUCUGAGUAAGCAUCUUGACCAGCUCCGCGUGUUAACUAUUUGGGCGAAAAUGAAAUAUGAAUUAUUUUGUCUUUACUCGACUUAAUCAUUUACUUUUACCAGCACAAGGUUAUGACCAUGUGUUGUCUGCUUGUGUGAGCCACGUGGUCGGCCCCGCCCAGUCAACACCUCACAGUGUAACCGUUUUGGGGUUUGGAGAAGAGCAAGACCGAGAGAAGAUUUUUGUUGCUUUGCCCAAACGAGGUAGUAAGGCUGUUUGACAAUUGUCUCUUGUUGUCUUUCUUCAGUAUGCGAGACGAGACACGGGAAGGGCAUUUGAAUGAAUUAUAACAGAAUUUCUACCCUUCCUUAGACAGCGAGUAGACCUCUGUGUAUGUCUGGAAGGGUAUGGGAGCGAAAUACGCGAGUGUGCGCGAAAUGAUUUUUACCCACUCUGGCGUGUAGUAUCCUUGAAUCAAAUAGCACAACAAACUCUGGGUUAAGGAUUUUAGUCCAAUCGCAGUGUUAAGUCCGCCCAUCAUCAUGGCUAGCCGGGUUUUUUAAAACGAACCCACCCGACAAUUUAAAGGCCAUUUGACUAAAGGAAGUUCAUUCAGUUUUGUCUAUCUUGCUAUCCUUUUGAGUUCGCCUUCCUCGUCUUCUUAUAUUGAAAACGUGCAAAAUCAAUUUCUAUCCUGCUUUAUUGCACCGCUGAUAUUGGCAAACAUCGCCAACGUUAGCUACAACCUCGGACAAAACCUUUUGAGGCACAUAAUAGUUAAAUGAAUCUCCUUACUAUUGUCACUACUUAUUCAAAGAUAAAUAAAAGCAGUGGUAAUCAUUGAAAAAAGAUAAAAUAAUUUCCAUUUUUGAAUUCGUGGACCUGGGGUCAAAGUUGUACAUGUUGGGUCUUAUAGAAAUUAUUGGGGUAAAUGAACUCAAAUUAGAAAGUGAAGCCGGUCGUUUGUUGUUUUUCCAAGGCAAGCCGUGCAGCUUUGAGGAACAGAGAGAUUCAAAUGGCCAUAAUGCAUGCCAGUUCCUGAAGUCAAUGCUCGAAAAUACAGGUAUGGCCAGUGUCACAAUGGUUGUCAGGUGAGGAUCCUUGGCUGAGAUUGUUGACUUCCCAGCGCCUGUCCUUUUUCUCAUCAGGGAACUUAUUAGUAAAGAGCUUAAGCAAUGAGGGGGGCUUCGGCUACUAAAACGUCACUUAAAAAGUGAAUUCGCGCUGCUUCAAACUUUACCGCGCUCAUUCCAUCUCUUUCAAUUCGUCAAAUGUUGGCAUAGUUUUCUCGAGUUGAAUUCUUAAAGACUGUAUCGAAGUUCAGGAAAAGAAAAAGAAAGUCGUUUUCUUCUGUUCACGUCCUCGACAAAACGUGAAAUUAGGUCCCCCCACAACCCUUAGAGACUUUCUGACAGUUACUAAGCAUUCUUUACCGGCAUUCCUAGUCAUCAUUUAUUUAUUCCUUCAUUCUACUGGCAGUGAAGUUUGGAGAGGUAUUAUAAUGGCUUGGGAAAGAGGAGGAACUACAGUUUGGCUGCGUUUUUCUUCCCUCCUUCCCAUCAAUCACUGCGCAAAUACGAGAAGCGACUGGCUAUGAGUUAGAGUUCUCCUGUAAUAACCUAUAAUGCAACUAUCUUGUAUUAUUUAUUUAUUUGUUCACUUGAAGGUAGCUAUCCAUGUCAGGUAAUAUCAGGCAGUAUAAAAGGAGUUGAUGCAGGAACGUUUGUUGUCCUUGUAAAAUUGGAGACUCCUUUUACAAGCACGUUUCACUUGAUUCAGUUUCAAGGUAUUAUGAUUUAUACUUCAUCCGAAAAAUCUUAAUCAAAGGAGUUUGUUUAAUCCUCUAACGAGUUUCUGCUAAAUCAAUUACUUUGUAUUGACAAGAGUAGAUCCUUCUAUCACCUUUAUCUUAUCAUAAUUUGAGCACUGCUAAAACGCCAGAAACAAUCCCCCAUUCCACAAAAAUUCCAUACCCACGUGAUUUGUGGAAAACAGUCACUAUUGCUUACACGUGAAUUGUGGAAAACAAUUCCAUGCAUUUUGUCCUCCUUGAAUCUCGUUACAAAGCAGUUUAUCAAGUCCCUUCUUUUUAAUUUUUAAUUUGUUUUCACUUUAUCUUUGCGUGUGUUUAAUUUGGUUAAAUUUCCCGAGUUUUAUCAAAAUGUUUCGGCCCUUUUCCUCCAGGGCACCUACCUGGAAGCGGUCAGUGGAUUGCAUUGUUUCAUUUUCCGAGUGCGCUUAAACAUGAAGGAGCAGGUAAUUAUAAUAAACUUGUUGAACAACCUCUGGUACCCAGGGUACUGUAACGAAGUCCUAGCCCCCAAAACAUUGCGUAUUGCAUUAUUACACUUUACUAACCAAUAGACCAAUUUCUUGGGACUAAAUUUCACGACAACAUCAUCAUGCCUUGUAAAAUGGAAAAUACCGUAUCUAAAAAUCUACAUUUUUUGUAAAAUCCAAAGAAUUUGAUAGCACCAAUAGAGCAAAACUUCUGCUGAAGAGUUUCCACUUGUAUGAAUGAUAGCAGCACAGGAGUUUGGUCAACAAUUUAAAAGUUAGAGAAACAAACCCGCAAGUUUUCAGGAGUAGGAGUGUAGCUAUAGCUUACGAUAGUCUUUUCCAGGCGUUCAAAUAGUAGAGAGUGGGCGAAAAAUUACCCUCGUGUUUUCCGCACCAUCUGCUAAGCCUGCGAGAAAUUUCUCCAUUUCUGGAGAACAAAGCUAGUCGCGAGAGAAAACGAACAAGCGAGCCGUGAGGGGCGUAGGAGUAAAAUCUUUCUUGGCUUCUCGCUCUCGCGUCUUCUUGGCGUACCGUUCGCGCUUGACUUCCCUAAAUUAUUAAAUGGAGAGUUUGCUCGCAGGCUCAAAAAGGGGUGAGGAAAUCUUAUAAGUUCACUACUAACCAGAAUUUUAUUUCGUUUUUGUUACAAGAACAUGUCGAAUGGCAGAAAAUCGAAUCUGAGUUCAGUGUUGAAGCGAAGUCUGGAACUAGGUCGCUAUUACUGCUUGGUUUAACAUUUACGACAGUGGCUUGCCACAGUUUGUUUGUGUGGGGAAAUGCUUUGCUUUACAGGUACAGUUAUUAUCCGCUGCCCUCAGGCUUUUUGGGGAUAAUUUACUGCGCUUGUUGGGGAACUUUUACCAGACUGCUUAUGGUGCAGUUUAUAAGUAACGAAGGAAUGAGUAGUUACCUUUCAAAUGUCGAAGGAAUGAGUAGUUAGUAUUUCAAAUGUCGUCUUAUUCACGUGUAUCCACGUCAUGUGUAUGCAUAAUUAAUGAAAAGACAAAAGGCAAAUUCCCUGGAGAACAUCACGUGGUAUGAAUCGGGAAAACAAAACAUACAAGCUAAAAAGUUCUAUUAACGGGGUGUCCGUAUUAAAGAAGGCAAUUCUUAAACAACAAUUAAAGGAAACUCAUGGUCAUGUGGUACAAAUUGAUGUUUGUGGUUUUCCUUCAAAGGGAUUCUAAAUCUCAGCUUCAGGUAUUAGCCUGCUUAACACGGACAUCUCUCCUGACACUGGCUCCUAACUCUAGUGAAAGGCCACUGAUAUGUUCUACAAUCUAAGUUUUAAAAUAUCAAUACUUCAACGGUUUUUGUUUUCACAUAAUUUUAACGUUCACUUUUUUCUUAUUUAAAAUUUUUACGUGUUAUUAUUUAGUAUCAUGUUGCACGCUAUUCUUUAUCUCAAAUUGUAACGUCGUCUUAGCUUAACCUCAUCAUGCCUUCCGAAAUAUUGGUAAACAAUAUGUAUAUUCCGGACUAUAAAAUCAGCCUAGCUUCUUUUGUUUAACCUAAUUUUACUUUGCUUCACUCAAAGCCAAGCGCGUCAUUGGUUCUCUUUAAGGGGGUAGUUUCUGAUUUCUUUUAAUAAUUUCAGGCUGAUGUGAGCGCAAAAUUUUUUUGUCACGAAAACGGCCAUACAUUGCUAACAAACAUGCUCGUCGCUGAUUUGUCUGUUAAUUCCUACGGGAUGUUUGUUUUUCUUACUCAGCCCAGACGGCGGACACUCCUUUCACUGGCUCAUUAACUUUCCCGGAAACUCGAGUAUAAUGGUGUUUACUUUAUCUCCGUUCGAUGGAAAGUUUGCUUUUCUCACAGAUGAUCAACAGGUAUUUUUAUGCUUAUAGCGAUUAAGAACCCUGUUAGAAUCACGACGGACUUCGGCAGAGUCAGUGUGGUGUGUAUCAGAAACGGAUAGCGAUGGAUAAAGGAUAAACCAAUUUCAACGUUUGGGAAAAGGCUGCUGUGUUUGGUUAAUUCUUCCCCUUCUGUGCACGACUGAGACAGCCGAGUCAAAAUAACGUAAACGAUGGAGUCAAAAGUGGUGGGGGAAGAAAUUGGAGUCGUCCUGAUCCUUGCAAAUGUGAUUUGCUAGAGCUCCGUUUACGACCCUCCGAUUUUUGAUAUAAUUUUGGAUCCACAUAUACUUAACCUUUAAAUGAAAAUUUUCCUCACUUACUUUCUAAAAUACCACGCAGCUUUAUUUAUUUUUUCCAGUAUUAGGAGACCUUCCCUUUCAGUUUGUUUUGAAAAAGGAACUGUAUGAAGUGGCGACAAGCAAUUGCUCGCUCUAAUAAUAAUGAAUACUGUGCCGCUGUACCCUGGGUAUCAGGGGUACAAUUUACAAAAAUAGAGAGAUUACAUGUAAGAGUUAAGUUUACAACAAAAGGCAAACAACAGAUUCAAGCUGAGAAUUUCUCGGAAUAGAACAUAAGCAGAUAAAAACUGUCCACAAGAAUUCUUAUGGAUAAAGCUCAGGCUUGAAACUACAGUAAACGCGACAAUUAAGGAAAACUUGGUCACGUGGUACAAAUCCACGUUUGCCGUUUGGCGUAAAGGUGACUCUUAAUCGCUCUAAUAACAAUUUGUUGUCGUGACAGGUCUGGAUUGGCCAAUCGGGUUCGUCAAAAUUACAACGACUGAAAAGCAGUAUGGGACCCAAGGGGCUUUCUCCAGAACACUUCAACCUUAAAGAAGCAUUUAUUUUGUCGAUAUUCUUUGAUUCAAGUGGACUAUUGCAGCAGGUUGGUAAAAAUGCUCUGGAAGGAGAAUUUUUUGUAUUUCAAGGCUGAAAGGGGAUGAGGACAUGGUUCUGUGGUCAUCAAACCUAGGAUUUCAAGUUGAAGAAAGCAAUGUAAAAGUCUCAACCAAUUAUUUUUUAAGGAAUUUCUUUGAUAUUCAGAUUCAGAUGAAUAAUUGUUUGAACUAAAUUAACUUUUUUUGAUCUAAUUUCACUACCAGGUAAUAGUAGAGAAAGAUUCCACGGGUGAAACAAAAUGCAUCUCUCGCGAAGAAAUACCAGUGGCCAGUAUCAUUUCACGACAACUAUAUACACAGAAGCAACUAGAAAACCUAAGAAGCAAUAAAAAAGCAAGUGCAAAUUCAGCGUCUUGUAUCCAGGACCAAACAGUGGAACACCAACAGUAUAUCGGAGAACGCGCAUGUCCGUUCACAAGAAUUGCUUUUGAAGCAAAGCAUGAUGUUUUGUACACAAGAAAAUGCUUUUACAAAUUUGAGCCGUCUGUCCAGUGGGACGGUGGACUUAUUCAGGGUCGUGAUGCACUUCACGAUUACUACACUAGAGUGUCCCGAACUAUGAACUCGGAAUGCGCUGGUAUUAGUACAGAUACCCGGCAGUCUAUGAGGGAUUAUCUACCAUUGCUGAUUUAUCUUGGACGCUCCGAGCGGUACUCGUUUGUUUUUUACCUCUAUCUCGACUCUGACAUUCAAGAAGGUGGGUCUUCAAAGGCAGCGCAGUCUUACCAACAUCCACUUGGUGUUCUGUGCUUUUUCUGGCCUGUCGCUGUUAUUGUCUAAAAAAAAAAAAAGGCCUCGCUGUAUUUGUUGUUUGCAACGUCAGUCUCAGAAUGUAGCUCUGGCGCCGAGGGAGGCUAAUUUUGUUACCGAAAUAUCGUCCCCAGUUAUAAAUCAGCCCCGUUGCCAUAUUAUAUAUUCCCAGCCUUGCAUUCAGUUUUGUUUUGAAAAGCAAUCUGAUCUUUAAUCUCAUGGAUGAAAAGAGUCGGCUUAGAAGUUACAGUUUAGGUGGAAUGUGGCUUCUGAAAAUUGAAAUUGUGUAUCACUUUAAAAAAAUCAGUGAUUUUGUUAUGUUUAAGAUUUUUUGGAAGUGUGCGCAGAGUAACACAUUUCCUGGCAUGGCAGCUACAAAAGUUUUAUUUUACAGUGUAUAAGGUGUAGCACGGUUAUAGUUAAUUUUAGAGUGAUAACGAGUGACUGCUUGCAGUGGGCUAAUUUUUUCUUGUUUUGUUGCAAUUAAAAUUUUGUUUAUGCUCAGAUACAAGUGAGUAUGCUUGGAAUCUUGUACACCUGCAGGCGUCACUUCACGUCUCGGACACCAUGUUUUGUAAUUUGACGUCUCAAAGGACAGAACUUAUUCCCCAAAAAGCUGUGAAGUAUGAGGUAAGAUCAUCUAUCCUCCGUUUGUAAAUUUUACCUUAUGAAAAUGGUCAAUUUAAUUAAGAGCUGCAGCAUGAGUCAUGGCUCGAAUUCCGGUCCUAUAGAGAGCGAAAGAGUACAGAAUGUAAUACUGAAAACUGCAGGAAAGUUAAAUAAACACUUAUUUUGAAAAGCUAAAAUUUCGUUCCAAGCAGGCCAUACUUUGAUACACAUUCCCUUAUAGAAAAAAAAAUUCUAAAGGUUUCCUGAAUUAUAUUCGUAUAUACUAAGUUUAAAAAAAUACUAUUUUUAUAUUUACAUGAGUCGAUAAUCGGCUUUUUUAUCCUCUCAGAAUACGACUCCGCUUUUGUCACCUCUUUUGACAAGCACUUAAUGCUGUUUGAAGGUGCUAAUGGUUUAACACUUCUGAAAAUGAAGCCAUGUUGAAUUAUCAUAACAGGUUACUUUGCAAGACAACGGGCUUAGACUCCCACAGCAACGUUCAGGGGAAGGACUCACUCCUACUUCCUUACAUAUCCAGGUAAUGAACUAAGCCUUUUUUUAUUCUCCUCAUCCGCCUGUUACAUGUAUGGUCAGCUUGGUUGUAAUUUAUUCUCCUGAAUUAAGCGGGUUUUCACACUUCUGCUGUUGCAUUGUGCACUCUAUAUCAGUACCGGGUGCCAGGUCGGUACGCGGAAACAGCGCGCGGGGCAACUGAAAGGAUGCAAACCCGAGCAUCACGUCUCAACCCCACCGGCUCUGCGUUCGUGAAAGCAUUGACGCCAAGGGACGAGUAAGAUUGGCCCACAAGUCUAUUGACAAAUAGCCUCCUAAGCAAACGUUUUUGGUGGGAGUCGUAAUCGUAUUUUGUGGGGAGGGAGAAAAUACGGCUCCCCGAAAAAUGCCUGCUUUAAAAUAGCUGUACUUGAUAAGCGACUUGGUAUAAAUAUUUCCACCCCAGCUGGGAUAGGAUUUCUUCAUUGGUCAGUAAACCUUGUCUCAAACGAUAUCCAUUCUCCUUCUCUUAGGUUUGGAAUUCCGCGUUAACUUGUAGCUCCAGUUAUGGCAGGAAAGGAUUUCUUGAGGUAAAAGCUAUCUGGUCCUACACUGCGUAGUUUCAUUACUGAUUACUUCGGCGGUUCUAACACUUAGAGUUAUUUGAUUUGCUGUAUUUUCAAAAACCAAAGCCAAUUGUGACGCGCUCGCAUGCAUUUUCCCGCGCUUUGCGUUAGCCACAUGUAAUUACUUCGAGUUUUGAUUGGUUCAAUGUAUUGUCUGUGUCCUAUGUGAUUGGCCAGAGUAAUUACUUUGGUUUUGGUUUUACGACACUCAAACGAAAACCACUCUAUUACAAAUAUUUUUGUUGUCUUCCAGGGUUCUUACCUAAUGACAGUGUUGCUCGGAUGCCCUGCGGGCCUCAAACUCGUAUUUGAUCCCGACGCCUCCAAGAACGCCACGGGCAAGGAACAUUUCUGUACUCCUGUUGAUGGCGUGCCGUGUUUUUACUUCUACCGAGGUAAGCUGUCAGUAUUUGAAGUACCUAACUGGUUAUAGAGAAACCUUGGAGUGGCCAUCUUGGGCUUACGAUGGAUGGAUGACGAACAAACUGUUAAAUUCUGAUGCCACUCUGCAAUGGUCUGAACUCUAUUUUCGCUACCCGUGGACCAUUGUAGCUCUGCUGACGAGGUGUAAGGCCAAAGAUUUCAGUUCUUUCUCGGUGCGCGCUCUCGUUCAUGCGCAGUAGCAUUAUCCUGCACCACAGACGAAACGAAACCUCUGGUUAUGCCCGUCUGCGAAACAGUACCGGAAUCCUUGUUCUUGUCCUCCACCUGAGUACCAGUAUUUGAAUGAGUACGCCCCUUGAUUGGCAUGUUAAAAAAGCCAUUGUCAAUUUGCCAAUCAUGCAUUUCCGGUAUUUCGUUGAGUCCGGUUGGUGGUGGUUGGGCUGGGAGGGGGUGGGGGGAGGGAGGGGAGAGGGGGAGCCCACAACGAGUUUCUCUGUGCUGCUUCGCAGAUGUUACCAGUCUUCGACGCAGGAUAUUAAGUAGCACUUACACCGGAUAAAAUGACUCUCGAGUUUUCUAUUCCUUUAAUUAAUUCGACUUUCUUUAUAUGUUACCUGGUCAAAUUUGAUUCCUCAAGUUUUGUUUUAAUCAUUUUCGCUUUCCUUUCCUUGGCAGAUUUUCUUCCUGUUUUCAAAUUGAUGGACCUCGCUACUGGGCAGAUAAGUCAAUUUCAUGGAAAUUACAGACUGACAAUAGUUGGAGGAGGACUGACUUACCAGUCGGUAACUGAUUAUACGGAGGAAGAACAAAUAAAGUAUAACUACCAGACUACGAGGUAAAACUGGGCCUUAUUUCUCAAUUUUGUUGCCGAACUAUCGAAACUAUGGUUCUAUUUCAUACUGAGCCGUGUUUUCAUGUAAAAUGUGAUCUAAUGUGAUCCACUUAAAAGAGGGAGAGCUUUGUUGAAAAAACAAUUAUGAGCUCAUUCCCCGGAAGCAACAAUAAGAAACAACUUUGUUGUAAUUAAUUUGGCCACGAUUGUGGCUAGUUUUAAUUGAAUAAUUAGCAAACUUAAAACACAGCAAUAAACAUUUUUCGUGCUUGAGGUCUUGUUUUUAAAUGAGGCGACAAAACACCUUCAGUCUUAAAAAGUGAUACUAACCAAGCAGCGGGAUUAAUAAACGUGGUUAUAAAACCGCUGGAAGAUGGUGAAAAAGGGAAGGGGGCAGGAAAAUAUUUUCUGGGGAUCUGUUCAAUCUGAUGCCAACAAGGAGAAGAGGGAAGAAUAUCUUGCUAGAACUCUGUAAGGCUUAAUAUGUAGUGGUAACUAAUUUUGUGCUCAUUUGUUUCGUUUUAGCUCAAUGGCAUUCUUGAUCUGGGCGUCGAAACUGAAGACAUUAGGUGACAUACCUGUGUUUAACAGCAAAACAAAUGGCAUUAGGUUAGGACCAUGCUUAUGGUGCUUUUAGGAAGAAUUUUCUUGAGCAUGAUGCUCCGAAAUGUGUAGUACUUUUUUUUAAGUUCGUUUCUGAAUCCGGUCUGCAAAAAAAAAAAAAAAUUUGGGCCCUUUGAGCCUCAGUUUGGUCUAAAAAUAAUUGGGGGGCUGGCCCCCCGGGCCCCUCCCCCGGAUCCACCACUGCAUGAUAGAGGGUAAAUUAAUGGAUGAAGAAAUUUGACGCUACACUAACUGUUUUUAAUUUCAGUUGGUUGUGCGGCACGCAGAGCCCUUGUGCUGAUGUUGGACCUAAUUUUCCUGGGAAUGCUGAGUACUACUUCAAACUGGAAUUUUCAAACAGGUAUCGCGUAGCAGAAGUGGAAAGUACUUGAAUGGAACACAUAACGAAUACCGAAUCGUUUCCUUUGGAACUGAAAUUUCUAGUAGAGUGAAACUUACCGUGAAUUUUAGAGAAGGAAAAGGGGGCAGGGGGUUGAUUUGGACGGAGCGGGGAUUGGUUUUAGUUUUCAUUCUACUUGGUGGGGAUACAUUUUGGAGGAUUGAUGAAAGGAGACCAGUAGAUGAUAUUUCAUGGCUAAUUAAUCGUUAGUAACACCUGUGAUUCUUAAGGAUCGGAACUUAUGACUUGUCACAGUUCAACUUGUCCUCCGAGCAGGUGAGUAAUAAUAGAAGUAAUUAUUUCAGGGAAGUUUUUUAGCUUCCCUAAAAAUUGAAAGAAAUGAACUUCAAGAAAACGGGUUUUGUCUGCACCCACAUAAAAACGUUAAUUACUAAUUAAGGGUUUUGACUAUUAAAAAGGUCUUAUAAACUUUCCGACAGUUUUUAGACUUUCUUUAAAUAACACGUUUUGAUUAAGUCAGAUAACGCCAUGAAACAAACUGCUUUUCAUACAAAAAAAUUGCUUUUGUCUUUUUAGGCUAGUAGAUGCUGAUUCCUCUAACUGUGAUUUUACAAUCCGUUUUGUGAUCCGCGUUCAUGGUUUGCCCCCAGGUUCGUUUAACCCAUCGUCAGUUAUUGUUCUGGUAAGUACUCCCUCAAUUAAAAAAGCGGAAAGACGGUUAUCUUGACUUCCCUGUAUCUCAGCACCGGAAAUUGUUUAUGCUAGAGAGCUUUAGAUUCUAAGACUACAGGACGACAACGAGGACGACUGAUUUUCUCAAUAUUAAGUAGUACGCACGCGUGAACCAGCGUCAUUUUGGCGGGAAAACGAUUCUCGGGUCUGGGGACGACUGGCUGGGAAACGCAAUAGCCGUUUUCAAUCUACUACGAAUUUCAGUGAGAUAGUGAUGGAAACAAGUUAUCCAACGUUAGAAGUCAGUUAAAUAUCAUCUUGCGAUUACUUUAAUUUGAGAUCUCUAGAAAGUGUAGGUGUUCUAUCAACUUGCAAAUAAAUUUCCGCUGCGCUGCGACUUCUUAAAUUAUACUUUCUCCAUAUCCAUGGUUUGUUUCAUUCUUUCUCUAAAAAAGUUACUUCCUCGAAUUUUGUUACACGGCAGUCGUGACAGGGUAACCUCAGUCAGUACAUCAUUUAAUUGUGGGGAGGGCGAUCGUGGGCUCGAUGCUCUGGGCCGAACCAAAACAUGUGGUCUUAAUGGAGAAAAUAAAAUAAAGGCACUGCCAUUUGCUCUGCAAACGACCACCUAACAACGUAGCAAGGUGUCUCGAAGUAAUUCAUAUGAAACCAAUUUCGCAAAGGCGGGAAAACAGCUAGAAAUUGGCUUAGUUUUAUCUGCUGAUUGGUCGAAACCCCGGGUCGUAUUUUUUCAGCCAAUCACAAAGCGUCGAAAACGUCAAAACAACCAAUCAAGCAGGUAGCUACGGUAAUAAGCCGAUGACUAAGGAAAAUAGCAUUGUGUUCACAUUUUAAAGUAACAAACGAACGGUACAGUGGUAUAUCAAGUGAUCAGACUGUCCAACCAUCCCGAUCACGUCGAGAUUGUCCCUAUUUUGCUUGAAAAUCUCCAAUCCUGACCAAUAUGCGAUCGGGAUAGGAAAAAUCCCGAUUUUGACAUCUAUGAUAUUUCAUAUGAAUUCUUAUGAUACUUUUACAAGAACAGAGUAUACUUAACUGAAAAAACGAAAUAUAAUGUAUGACCCAGCUGCACUUGUUCUCGAAAACAAACAUAAAUAAGCAUGAAAAUGACAAUUGAUUUAGCAAAUAUUUUAGACAGAAAUUGCCCUCUCAGAACACUAGAAAUGGCGUUUCAAAGCAUCAAGAUUUCAAAACUUUCUGGGCGACUCGCGCCUUCAGCGGUAAGUGAAAAAUAUCCCUAUUUCACUUACUAACUAAAGGUUGGACAGUCUGAGUGCUAGUGAUCCUUUUAUGUCUUAUUCUUCUUGCAGUCUUGUAUUGGUAUCCUAGGCAGUCUAAUCUUGAUCUUCUUUGCACUGAAAAGACAAGAUGCCCGUCUAUGGGAUCAGUUAAAGAGUUUGUUUACGAAGAGAAUAUUCGGGACGUGCAGGGAGAAGAUAUACAACAUACGCAAGAAAAACAAGAUCAAUCCCCUUGGUGACCAGCUUCGGCUACAAACUGUUGGUCGAGGUAAUGCUUAAAUCUUCCCUCAUCGGUAAAAAGUCCUCAUCGAAGCUCCAAGUGAGUUGGUAUCUGGCAAAAUCACCAAAAGUAUGGUAGACUUCUAAUGAAUGCUUUUUAGUUGUUUCCCAGUGCGUAUGUAUUUUCUCAAGUUUACUGUUAGGUUUAAAAUACCUUUCAAUUUGAACAAAAAACAAGCCAGUAACUAAAACAUGUCUAGGAUUUUUUAAGGUUAUCAGUAACUAUAUUUUUAUUUGUGUUUUUUUUUGUUUUUCUUUUAUAGAUCCCGGAGGGGCUGAUGGCUUCGUGGAAAUCAAAGGAAGUACAACGGCUGCACAAGUUUCAGAGACAAUUCUUUGAGGCGAAAAGGAUUGCUUCACUUCGUCUAUACUUUGUACACAAAGAUUAUUACUUCUAGUCUUAACGUUACUUCACAAAGCCUCAACUUACUUCAAGUGUCAUGGUUCCGCAGCCGCUGUGAUCGCACGAGUCACUGUGUUGAUAGUUUUAGCGUUCUGUUCAGUCCCAUCUGAAAACGGACAGAGCCAUGCAUACAUGACACAACAUGCAUGAGGCUUACUUCUAGCCCACAUUACAGGGCCGGAGUUAUGCAGACUCUUACCUUUGAAGAAUUCAUCGCUUCAUGCAAACUUACGGAUUGUUUUCAGAUAACUGAGCAAGCUUCAUUGUAG